CAAUGGAAUAUAUAAUCCAGAGCACCUGGUCUGAUUCCUGUCCAAUCUAACCAUCAUCAAUCAGUCUGUCAUCUCCUCCUCACAAUGCCCGGUGUCCUAUCUCAGACCUUAUCCGUCAGCGACGGUCUACUGACCGCCGAGAACGCGGCGCUCCUGCGCCCCUCCGACCCCAACCUCCCCCUCGACGAACUCCGCCAGCGCUACAACGAAGACGGCUACCUCUUCCUCAAACAGGUGCUUCCCCGUGAAGAUGUCCUCGAAGCCCGCAGACAAUACUUCAACUACCUGGCUCCCACGGGGGUCCUGAAGGACGGUUCCGACCCCGUCGAGGGUAUUUUCAACCCCGAGAAGACCCCCGAUGACUUCCCGGGCAUCGGGGCGGGCGCUGCAGGCGGCAACGGCCGACCGGGUGGAGAGAGUGCUGCCCAGUUCGUCGAUCGCGCCAUCGAAGCACACUACAAGGACUGGUAUGCCGAGAAGCUGUGCCAGCAUCCCGCCCUCUACGACUUUAUCGCCAAGUUUACUGGGUGGGGCCAGAACACCUUGACGUUCAAGCGCACCCUCCUGCGGAACAACAUCCCUGCUACGAAGCCGAUCGGGGUGCACUACGAUCAGAUUUUCAUCCGACAUGGCGAGCCGACCAGUGUGACGGCGUGGGUUCCUAUCGGGGAUAUCAAGUUGACUGGAGGAGGGUUGAUCUAUCUUGAAGACAGUGCCUCGGCGGGCAUGAAAAUGGAGGACGACUUUACGGCCAAGGCCAUGGCGGCGGGCUUGACGGAGGAAGAGGCCAAGUAUGCGUUCAACUCGAAUAUGAUGUCCACGGGAAUGCUGUCGGAGAAUCCGGCGGAGUUUGCUAAGCAGCACGGGCGUCGAUGGCUGGUGUCGGCCUACGAAGCGGGGGAUGUGGUUCUGCACAAGCCUCACAUGAUCCACGCGUCGACGGUGAACAACGACCCGGACAAUGUGAUUCGGCUGGCGACCGAUCUGCGGUUUGCAGACUCGUCCCGGCCGUAUGAUAAGAGAUGGAUGAACUUUUACCGAUUCAAUGAUGGCGUUUGAUACAGUGGAUAUGAAGACAAUUUAGUUUAUUUAAUCGAAUGUAUUGUUAUGACAGCUGCGUCCUCAAUUGAUUGCUCAUCCACCGACGCU